AUGAAGCUUAAUGAAAAUAAGCAAGCUUUGGAAUAUAAGAGCAGGGCUGGUGCAACGGAUCUUGCAAUGUUAAAUGUUGACUUUUCAAAAGCUAUAGGCCAAAAAGCAAAUGGAGCUCGAGUGCUAUUUGAACUGAAAAAGAUAGGAACCAUCGACGCACCAGAAGUCCUGACUGACCUCAAUGAUUAUUGGAAGUUUAUUUGGGAAUACGGCAACGAAAUUUGUAUUUCCUUUGUAUAUCGAAAUUUAGCAAUUAAAAUUAUUCAAGAUCAUGUUAAUCAAGAAAGUAAAAACGUACAUCAAAGAAUUGGUGAAUUUGAUGAUGAUUAUCCACUUUUAAAAAGAAAAAAAUUUGAUGAUGUUGCCAGUUUUAACGAUUUCGCAGAUGAGAUGACUGAAAUGGAAUUGAAGCAGAAAAACUUUGAACGUUAUUUACGAGAUAUGUAUAUUCCCUCACCACAUUUAUUAUAUUAA